GUGUCACUACGCUGGAGCAACAGCUCAAGCACGCCACAGCAGAGUUGCGGAUUCUCGCAACACCCUCUGGAGACAAGGUCCAAGUGUUUGUGAAGGACGUCAACGGCAGGACCAGGGUGAUGCAUUUCGAUCUAGAUGCUGACAUUUCGACCAUCCAAUCCCUGAUUGCAGAGCGCACCGAAUGCCAUCAGUCCGGCUUCUAUCUCACUGGUAUGGGCCGAUAUUUGCAA